AAACAAAGAAAUGGCGGUAGAUUACUCUAGGAUUGAACGCAUGCCGCGACCUUGACCUUCUGAUGAACACAGAUGACUCUGGCGGGAGCAAUGACCUGAGCCGCUCAUGGAAAACCCUCACUCGUACAACUGGGAGCGGACCGAUAGAGAUCCGUGCGUGGAGCUGUAAACACUGGGCAGCGGUGGUGAAGCCUGGGAUACGAUUUCGGAACUGAAAUACUGUGUCAUCUUCCGAUAUCAGUGUUUGUGUGAAGAAUAACCGUUUGACCUGUUCUUGAACUGGUCGAGUCAUCAUUGAUCCUGUGAUGCUCCCGCGAGUGAUGUGAUUCAGGCGAUAUUUCGUAACGAGUGUAUCGGACUUAAGGCUGCACGGGUGUUCAGAGCUGAAACACAUUUGACGCGCCCUGUCAGCAUCAACCGAUUAAUGACGUCACGGCAAUUCAGAGAGAAACCCCAAACAUGUCUACUCGGAGGCAAAAACACUCGAGGCAGCUUGCUGAGGACACUGCUGAGAACAGUUUAUGUGUAAAUGCUCAAACUUAAACACACAACUAUCAACAGGUUUGACAGAUACUAUGUGGACCAAUCGGGACCAGUGGCGUGUUUCUGAGUGCCUGUCAAGCUUCUGACAGUGGAAACUUGGAUGCUCCAAAAUGUAAACUAGUACCUCAUGGGCCAUUGUGUGAUUGGGAGUGGUCACCCUCUGUGUGCUGUUAGGUAAUUACAAGGAUUACUACUUCCAUGUUGAAAAGAUCCACCCUGUGUACGUGUGGGUGUGUUGCAAGGUCCUAAGACUCAAGUUUGGGACAUUUAAUGAGCAAUGUAAGCAUAUAAUCUGAGAAUGUCAAAGGGAAGUUGUUGACAGAUAAUUGGUGAUUGCUGACAUUCUGUGGGAGGCCAAGCCAUGUUAAUUAGAGCUCAGGCAGCUGGCACUGCAGGGAUUACAGGCAGAUGUGUGAUGUGUAAGAGCUGAGUCCAAGUCUUGGACCUGAGAAUAGGUGUGUGUUCUAGCUGAACUUAUGAGUUAAGUUCUGCAGCUGAAUCUAGAAGUUGUGUAUCUGAAUUGUGUUUAGGAGAGAAGCACUCGAGCUGAGUGUAGAAGCUGUAUGUUCUGAGUUUGUUAGGCAAGCUGUGAAAGCUUCCAGUUGGCUUUGAUCUGAGUAUGAAAGCCUGGUUUUAGAGCUCAGAGUACAUACUGUGUGUGUGAUUGGAGUUCAGGAGACAAAUUUUGGAGCUGAGUUCAGGAGCUGAGUCAAGGAGAUUAGUCAAGGAGGCAACUUCAGGAGCUGAAUCAAAGAAAAGUAUUUCAGAAUUGAAUCAAGGAGCUGCAUUCAGGAGGCAGAUCAGGAACUGAGUCAGAAACAGUGUUUGCUGAGGCAUUGACUGGAUAAUAAGCAAGCCUCAGUCUAGAAAAUCAUGAUCCAUCAUACAUACAGCAUCAACAGUGACAACCUCACAACGUCUUCAGCGUAACAUCAUGGUGGCGGAAUGGAUAGCCUGUCUGGACAAGAGGCCCGCAGACAGGAGUGGAGAGGACCUCGACAUCAUCUACUCCCGCCUCAAAGACAUCAAGGCCCUGGAGAAGUUCCACCCUCUGCUGCUGCAACAAAUUUGUUACUAUGGUUACUACGAAGACCUGGAGAAGGGUGUCACAUUGUUCCGUCAGGGCGAUGUCGGCACCAACUGGUACACCGUUCUGUCUGGUUCCCUGGAAGUCACGGUAUCGGAGUCGGGCAAUCAGAAGGAUGCUGUGACUCUCUGUAUCCUGGGAGCCGGGACAUCGUUUGGCGAAGCAAUCCUCACCAAUAAACCCCAUCAUGCAACAGUAGUUACACGAGACUACACAGAACUCAUUCGUGUCGAGCAAAAGGACUUCAAGAUACUGUGGGAUAGAAACAAACAGUUAAUGGAGGGAGUACUGACACCUCUAAGUGCCUUGCCUCUAGAUGUAAACACAAAGCGCCCUGGUGAUAUGAGGAAACAUACAACUAAAUCUGUGUACUCAACAGCAACUGACAUUGAUGACCUCCCGAACCCUGCUGCUCCCAUCACAGCUAUGCCUUCGGAGAAGUUAUUACAUGGAGGUCACGUGAUACGAACAGUGCUACUGACACGAGCUCCCCACAUGAUCCGAGACAGGAAGUAUCACCUCCGUACCUAUCGCAGAUGCAUGGUGGGAUCUGAAAUGGUGGACUGGCUGCUGCAGCCAAGUACCCUCGUCCACUCCCGGAACCAGGCGGUGGGCAUGUGGCAAGCCCUUCUGGAGGAGGGGGUCAUUGUACAUGUGUGUCAUCAGCAUCAGUUCAAAGACAAGUACUUGUUCUAUCGGUUCUGUGAGGACGACGAGGGGGUGGGGACGGUACCGACGUCGGGGGUGAGGAAGGAAUGUGAGGAGGAAUUGGGGGAGACCCUGGCACUGCUGGCACAAAUCGGACCUGAUGCCAUGAUGAGGAUGAUACUGCGUAAACCGGCCCAUGAACGGACACCCGAGGACCUGGAGAUCAUCUACGAGGAGCUGCUGCACAUCAAGGCUCUGUCUCACUUGUCCACUAUGGUGAAGAGGGAACUGGCCAGUGUCCUUCUCUUUGAAUCCCAUGCCAAGGCUGGAACUGUCUUGUUCAACCAGGGAGAUGAGGGCAAGUCAUGGUACAUCAUCCUCAAGGGAUCCGUCAAUGUUGUCAUAUACGGCAAGGGGAUUGUGUGCACUCUUCAUGAAGGUGAUGACUUUGGCAAGCUUGCACUCGUGAAUGAUGCCCCAAGAGCUGCCACAAUUGUCUUGAGAGAAGACAGCUGUCACUUUCUUCGUGUUGACAAAGACGAUUUCAACAGGAUUUUGAGGGACGUGGAGGCUAAUACAGUGCGUCUGAAGGAGCAUGGAGAAGACGUACUGGUCCUGGAGAAGAUCCCUACAAACAUUGAAGGCCCUGACGGGACUGUGCGGGCUCACUACAAGUAUUCGGUGAUGGCUGGGACACCUGAGAAGAUGCUGGAGCACCUGCUGGAGACCUGGCUGCCGGUAGAGAAGUCCACGGAGGAUACGGCCCUGGAGGUGGCUGCCCUCUCCAAACGUAAGCAUAAUUUCCUGGAAGAUUUUUUGCUGACUCAAGUGAUCUUUAUGCCCAAUGAGAGACUGUGCCAGGCUCUGAUGAACCACUACCAUGCUGCGGCCACACAGGGAACUGACCAGGAGAUAGCCGAGUACAUGGAGACUCACAAGCGCAGUGUGGUCCUGUUUGUACAAGAGUGGCAGAACGUUGUUUGUGAAGAUUUUUAUGAUGAUAAGGUCAUCAGGCAUUUUAUGGAGGAGCUGCAGCAUGCUGUUGAAGAAGACAGCAUCAUCUACCCAGCUCUGUCAGAGGAGCUGGAGCUCCUGGAGAUGAUUGCUGUGCAGUCAAAAAGCAAUUCUCCACCGGAAGGGAAGCUGGCCAAAAGAAAGAUUACUCCAGUGCUGAUCCUCAGCCGGAAGGCCUCCAAGAUCAGUCUGAGUGAAACUUCCAAGAAGAGGAGACCCAUUAAGCCCUCAGAUGAAAACAUCUUCAAGGUGUAUUGUGCUGAUCACACCUACAGCACCAUCAAGGUUCCCAUGGAUACGGUUGUGGCAGAGAUCGUAGCCCAUGCUCAGGAGAAGCUGUGUCUGGGAGAUGACUUGGUUCUGUGCGAGGUCAAGUCUACUGGAGAACGAAUCAUAUACAAGAACAUUGAUCUGUGUGUGAUAACAGGCCUGAGCCUUAAUGGGCGGCUGUUUGUGACCCCACGGGAGCACCUUGACGCCCUGACCCCACUUCCGGAACAAGAAGGUCCGAACACUGGCACGGCAGCCCUACUGGAGAUGAUGAGCACCAAGGAAGUGGCGUACCAAGUCACUCAGUAUGACUGGGAGCUGUUCAUGUGUGUCCAUGAGUAUGAGCUGAUCUAUCAUGUGUUUGGUCGUCAUAAGUUCAACAAAAUCACAGCCAACCUGGACUUGUUUCUCCGACGCUUCAAUGAGAUCCAGUACUGGGUCGUCACGGAGAUGGUGCUAACACAGAAUGUCAGCAAACGGGUCCAGCUGCUUCGCAAGUUCAUCAAGAUCGCUGCACAUUGCAAAGAGCAUAAGAACAUUCAGUCCUUCUUUGCCAUUGUGAUGGGACUGAGCAACAUAGCAGUCAGCAGGCUGUCACAGACAUGGGAGAAGUUGCCAAACAAGUUCAAACGAAUGUUUGCUGAGUUUGAAACUAACAUGGACCCAUCCCGCAACCACCGAUCAUACAGAGUGAAUGCUUCCAAGAUGACUCCUCCAAUCAUUCCUUUCAUGCCACUCCUGAUGAAAGAUAUGACCUUCACCCAUGAAGGAAAUAAGACCUACUUUGACCGUCUGGUCAACUUUGAGAAGAUGCACAUGAUUGGCCAGACGAUAAAGACAGUGCGUGUGUGUCGCAGUGUACCUUUUGAUAUGGAGCUUCCCCCAUCACUGAAGACAAGCCCUGAUGUGAGGAGCUAUGUCAGGAAUCUCAGUGUGAUAGACAAUCAGAGGACUUUAACUCAGCUGUCUCAUAAACUUGAGCCACGGAGGACAUGACACUCAGUGGGGUGUUAGAUGUUAUUACAUGUGUUGGCCCUGCUGGAUGCUCAGCAAUGUUCCUCAAUAACCCAUACUGUGCCUUGAAACCUUGGACAUCUCCACUUCAGUGUCAUCCACCAACACUGGCUGUAGUGAGGAUACGUGACCGGGAGCAGAGAAACCUUUAAGGAACAGAUGUUGUUGUCAUGCGAGGAGAUGUCAUAGCCAUGGGAAGAGAUGUUAUCACCAUAGGUUGUGAUGUCAUAGCCAUGGGAAGAGGUGUUAUCACCAUAGGUUGUGAUGUCAUAGCCAUGGGAAGAUGUUAUCACUAUAGGUAGUGAUGUCAUAGCCAUGGGAAGAAAUGUUAUCACCAUAGGUUGUGAUGUCAUAUCCAUGGGAAGAGAUGUUAUCACCAUAGGUUGUGAUGUCAUAGCCAUGGGAAGAGAUGUUAUCACCAUAGGUUGUGAUGUCAUAGCCAUGGGAAGAGAUGUUAUCACCAAAGGUAGUGAUGUCAUAGCCAUAGGAAGAGAUGUUAUCACCAUAGGUUGUGAUGUCAUAGCCAUGGGAAGAGAUGUUAUCACCAUAGGUUGUGAUGUCAUAGCCAUGGGAAGAGAUGUUACACUGUAGGUUGUGAUGUCAUAGCCAUAUGGGAAGAGAUGUUAUCACCAUAGAUCGUGAUGUUAUUGCCAUGGGAAGCGAUGUCAUAGCCAUGGGAAGAGAUGUUAUCACCAUAAGAUAUGGUUCACUCUAGAAAGCGAUGUUAUCACCAUGAGUAGAUGUGCAAUUGCCAUGGAAGGCCAUGUUUAAUACUAUGGGAAGAUAUGUUAUCACCAUGGGAGGAUUUGUUAUCAUCAUGGGAAGAAUUAUUAUGUUAUCAUCAUGAGUAGAUGUGUAAUGACCAUGGAAGGAGAUGUUAUGACCAUGGGAAGAUAUGUUGUCAACAUGCGAACACAUGGUGUCGCAAAAAAUCAUGAAAUGUUAUGGUCAUGGCAAGAUGUGUUAUUCUUAUAGGUUGAAAUAUUAUCUCUGUAGGAGGAAACUUCACCAGGGGAAGAUAUGCUUUCACCUUGCAAAGAUAUGCUAUCACCUUGGGAAGAUAUGCUAUCACCAGGGGAGGAUAUGGUAUCACCUUGGGUAGAUAUCACUUUGUAAAGAUAUGCUACCACCAGAGGAAAGUAUGCUAUCACCUUGGGAAGAUAUGAUAUCACCAGGGGAAGAUAUGCUAUCACCUUGGGUAGAUAUCUAUCACCAGCGAAAGACAUGCCAUUACAUUGGGAAGAUAUGCUAUCACCAGGGGAAGACAUGCCAUUACAUUGGGAAGAUAUACUAUCACCAAGGGAAGAUAAGCUUUCACCAAGGGAAAAUAUGCUAUCACCUUUUGAAAAUAUGCUAUCACCAGGGGAAGAUAUGCGAUCACCAGGGGAAAAUAUGUUAUUACCUUGGGAAGAUAUGCUAUCACCAAGGGAAAAUAUGUUAUUACCUUAGGAAGAUUUGCUAUCACCAGGGGAAGAUAUGCUAUCACCUUGGGUAGAUAUGCUAUCACCUUGGAAAGAUAUGUGAUCACUAUGGGAAGUAGCUUCAAGUUGGUCCAGCUGAUUCAAUGUUCUCAUGUUUGUUAUACCCAAUGGUUGUGAUAUUAUCCAGAUAAUAUGCCAAGAUGAUGUUCAUGUGAUAUAUCCACUGUUUUAUUGUUGUGUUAUGUGGAAUAAGAUGUUAACUGAAUGAUUGGUAAACGGGAAAACAUAUAUUUUGAUCAGUGGGAAAGUCAUCUACAUGUUGAUCAAAUGGGAAAGCAUCUAUUUCAAGGUCAGAUGGGAAAGCAUCUAUCUGUAGGUCAAAUGGGAAAGCACUUAUCUGUAGGCCAAAUGGGAAAGCAUCUAUUUAUAGGGCAAAUGGGAAAGUAUCUUGCUGUAGGUCCAAUGGGAAAGCAUCUUUCUGUAGGUGCAAUGGGAAAGCAUCUUUCUGUAGGUCCAAUGGGAAAGCCAUUUCUUAUCGGUCAUAUGGGAAAGCAUCUUUCUGUAGGUCAAAUGGGAAAGCAUCUUUCUGUAGAUCAAAUGUGAAAGCAUCUAUCUGUAGGCCAAAUGGGAAAGCAUAUUUCUGUAGGUCAAAUGGGAAAGCAUCUUUCUGUAGGUCAAAUUGGUAAGCCAUUUCUCAUAGGUCAAAUGGGAAAACACUUAAAAAAUGGGAAAGGUCAUAAUGAAGGUCAAAUGGGAAGACAGUGUUUCUUUAGUCCAAAAAAUGUUCUUUAGGUCAAACCGGAAGAACAUCUUUCUGUAGAUAAAAUGGA